AACGAGUGACUUGACUGUAGAGUAAUUCUAUACAAUGUCAAAACGAAAGUGCUGCCAAGUAAACCAAUCCAACGAGUCGAACUUAAGGCAUUUGCACACACAGGAAAACAUAACAACCAGUUCUUGGAACGAAGUUUACAAAUCACAGUUGCUGUUUAUUACAAGGAACAGUUCUGCCGCCACAAAGAUUAAUAUACUAACUACUAAACUAAAGCUAUUUCGAAUGACAAAUACCUAAAUAAAAAUUUAACAAUUGGAUUGUAAUGAAUUGUUUUCUUUUGUCAAUUUACACAGCUCUAACAAUAUCGAUAAGCUUUAGUCGAUUAUGCAAUAACAAAUAGACCCUCAUCAAUGACUGACACCACAAAGAUUGUUGAUAUUUUUACAGCUCCUAUUUUAAUAUUCUCUAUACACAUUUCAAAUUAUACAAAUUUGUACUAAUUGGAGCAUCUCGCUUACAAAAGCAAAUAAAAAUGAACGCUGGGAAUUCAGAAAGUUAUCAAAAAAAGUGUUUUUUAUGUCGGAGGAAAAUCUUAUCUACGCAAAAUCAGAGACUCGUCGACAGCAGUGCAUGUCCCGCAUCAAAGAAAUCCUUUAGGGAUGUAUUAUCUUACUUGGCCCGUCACGCGAAUUCUGAGCUACAUAUUGGCUAUGGCGAAUCUGUUUGUAUAACAUGUCAUUUUGAUGUAGUGGAAUACGACACCUAUCUUAUGAAAGCUUUAAAGAAGCAACGCGCCCUUCUUGAUUUAAUAGAAAAAGCAGUUUUGGGAAUUGAUUCAGACUUUGAUAAUGAAUUUGAUUCGGAUAUGAGCGCACUGGACGAAUUGACCAAUGACCAUUUCUUUGACGAUGCUCAAAUAUCUGAUUCUGAAAUUGCGCAAACUAUAGAUGAUGCUAUUGCAGAAAAAUCGGAGAAUCAUUCAAUAAGUUCAUGUGGAAUAAAUAGAAGAAAUCGUGCGGUUGGGACUAAGUGUGAUUUUUGUGCCAUGCGAUUUCAAACCAAAUCGGGGUUAAAAAAGCAUAUAACAAAUGUACAUAAGAAAUUUAAAUGUGAAUUGUGUAAUUACAGUCAUCGUAAUGAAGAGUACGUAAUGCUACACAUGAACACACAUGAUGGUCGAAAUGAGAACCAAUGUCGUUUUUGUGACAAAGAAUUUUCCACAAAAAUUAGCACAAUUCGUCAUAUGGAAGUACAUUUCAAUUCAAAAAAGUAUCAAUGCGAUAAGUGCGGCCUUUGUUUUUCACAAACAACAGUGUUGUACAAUCAUAAACUACAACACGAAGCUGAAGAACAACCACUUCAGUGUGAGAUUUGUUCACAAGUUUUUAAAACAAAGCGCACGUACCGUCAUCAUAUGAUUACACAUCGGGCGGACCGGCCUCGUUAUAAAUGUGAAUAUUGCACUAAAACGUUUACUGAAAAAUAUACCCUUAAAGUUCACAAACGUGCGCAUCCUGAAGCCAUGGAUUCCAGCGACGUUGCACAAGCAAAGGAGCAGCAACAAAAUACCCCACCAGAGAAUGAAGAAGUGCAAACCCAAGAUAUCAAAUUCAAUUGUGUAAUUUGUGAUCAAAUAUUUACAGCUAAGGAUCAUCUAAAUAAACAUAUGGAGAAAGAGCAUGACGUUAUAAUUAAAUCCUUAACGAUCAAUAAUUUUUCUGAAUUUGAUGUAGUCGAUGACGAGUCAAAGAAAGCUUGUCAUAUAUGCGGUCAAAUGUUCAGUGCACAAGCAAAUUUAGACUAUCAUCUUAAAUAUGUUCACACGAGUACAUUUUAAAAAACAACAAUUAAUUCAUCAGUAAAUUUUGUAAAUUAUAGAUUAGUACUACAUUGAUUUAAAUUUAAGUCUUAGAUAUUAACUUAUUUAUAUAUGUAAGUGUGGUUCAUCACUGCUGAACAGGGUAUACUAAGUUUACCACGAAGUUUGUAACACCCAGAAGGAACUGUCGGAGACAAUAUAUAAAUUGUGUCGAUUUAGACAUGUCCGUCCGUUUAUAAAUACGCGAACUAGAUCAGAACAGAGUUACUAAUUAGUACUAUGUUAAAUAGUAGUUUCACCAUCUGCACUAAUUAUAUAUUUUCCUUUACGAAUAUGCCGAUGACCAAAUAAAAAGAUAUACAAAUAUCCAAAAUUA